AUGUCCUCAAAUCCAUGGAAUCGAAACACCAAUGGUGCGGAAUCACGGCCAGGAUCGGGACAAAAUCGUACUACCUCGUAUAGAGGAGGUCAUUCUGGAACAGGACGUCCAUAUAACUCUCAUCCAACCUAUAAUUACAACAAUCAAGAAUCGCGAGAGCGUAAUUCUGCGAGUACUAAUAAUAGCCGAUGGAGAAGACGUGAUGAUUUCUCAACACACCAAUCAAAACCGACUGAUGAUGAAACAAGAGCUUAUGCUGUGAAUCUACUAUUGAGUCCAGUUGAACUGGGUAUCAAAGCAACAAUUGGACAAGCACAAAGAGAGUUCAAAGGUUUAGGUGCUUUCAAUCAUUGUUUUGGUUUACUAGCACCAACAAAUGGUUUUGGUUAUACACUUCCUGAUAUUUGGGAUGGUUAUUUUCACAUAACACUUGCCAAAUUUACUACUUCUUCUUUAACACCUGAAGAUCUCGAAGCUAAGUUUCUCAAAUUCGUUAAUCCUGUCAAAGAUUUACCUAAUAUUCCUGAUAUUGUAUUUCGGGCAUCAAAACUUACGAUUUGUCCAGGUGCCAAUCGUGCCAGAGGACGUGCAAAUAUCGAUUUUAUCGUGUUACCAAUUGAUGUAUCUACUGAAAUAAAAACAUUUUAUGAAAAAAUUCAACCAUUACUUAUUGAAAUAAAAAAACAAGCAGAAUCAAAGGGUAAUGAAUGGAGUUUAACAGAACUCAAGGACCUUCAUGUAACUAUACGAAAAUAUUCUAACAUCGACAGAGAUAUAGAUCGUCGUCAACAAUUAAUUGAUCAAAUUCCAAUUAAACAAUAUCCACUUGAAUUUCGAUGUCAACAUCUUGAAAUUAAACAAGCACGAGAGCAAGCAAUAAAUCAAUAUAAACAAACACCUAAUUAUCAAUGGUGGAAUGGUGCAACUGAAACUGCUGACAGAAAAUGCUCAGAUUGUCAUACACCUGUUAGUUCGAUCAACUGGGAAGGAUUUUGUCUUGCAUGUGGAAAGUAUGAGACAAUUAUUCCAUUAUGGUCAACAUCUGGUAAUACUUCCAAUCUUCAUAACAUACAACAAGAAGAUAUACAAAAUAACGUUUUAAAUAAAUUAGGUGAUAUGUCUCUAGAACAAGAUUAA